GAAGUACGUCCAGGAAGAGUGGGAACGUCAGAUAUCAACACGGAGCAAAUGUCAGUUUUCUCGUGGUGUUAUUUUGUUAUUUGUGUUCGGCGCUAGACUUAUUUUGCGUUUCAUGUCUCAGAAAUCCAGAGCGGAUACAGUGAAAUGGGGUUUGUUCAGCAAAUUCUCAGCUUGAAUGUGCCGAAGAACGGUAAUGUUACGGCGUUGAGCGACUUCUCAGAGAUGUGGUAUGGCGUGUUCCUGUGGGCCGUCGUCUCUUCUCUGGUGUUCCACUUGCCCGCUGCCCUCCUGGCACUGGCCACGCUGCGGAGGCACAAGAUGGCGCGGUUCAUGCCCAUCGCCAUCCUGCUAAUGAGCAUUCUGGGCCCGCUGUGCGGGGGCGUCCUCACCAGUGCAGCGAUAGCGGGCGUGUACAAGGCGGCGGCAAAGAAGAUGAUCCCUCUGGAGGCCUUGGUGUUCGGCGUGGGGCAGUCCUUCUGCGUCCUGGUCAUCUCCUUCCUCAGGGUCCUGGCCACCCUAUAGCAGCCGGGCGGAGGGCUGUCGCCAUGGCUGUUGCCGCGGGUGACGGGACACGGCCAGCACCCUGCCGCAGGAGACGCCACACAGACCUGCCCCCUCCGAGGCCUUAUCUCCAAAGUCCGGCUGCGACUGUGUCUCAAAGGCCGCCCCCCGGGAGCCGUCCAGGGGCUUAAGCCUCACUGAGAGCUGCUCUGAGGCCCCCUGGCUCCCCCCUGGCUCCCCCUUCCUCUUUACCUCUGUCCUAGUCCAGAAAAACAGGAGCAGCUGCCAGCUUCUGAGUUCUGGCUUUGUUAGAGACAGAAACUCCUCGCACACCCAGACCAGCUGAGAGCAGUCGGCAGGCCACACCGAAAGUAACGCUCACGAACAGCUCCAAUUUAAAAUGCAAACGUGCUCGGCAAAGACACUCCCUGGUCGAUGUGCUAUCCAGGCAUCCCCCCGUGUUUUUUAAAGACUCAGGACCCUUAUUUGAAACUUACUGUGGAGUGACCAGGCAGUUUAAAACGUUUGGCUGGUGGAUGGUGAUGUCAUAGCUGUGAGAUGCAACUUGUCAUGGCACAACCUAUUGGAUGGACCCAUAGUUUUUUUUCUGAUACAAAAUGACUGCUUUUAUUUGGACUAGGCUCUCUGUAUCGCACUUGAACCAAUCAGAGUCAAGCCACCCAUACAUCGGUCCAAUCCAGUGCCAGCUCAUACUGCAGUCUGGAGUUGAGGGGAAUACAACUUCUCUGUCUCUCAGUGACUUCUUGACCAAGGAUGUAGAUAGUUUUUUUUCCCCUAUGCAAUGAGCUUUGAUAGCUUUUCUCCCUAAGUAACUGUUAAGGCUUGGGAUAGCUGAUCCCAGAACAGCGUUUCUGGAGCACUGACUUGCCCAAGGGAACGGAACAUCUAUGUUAUUUCUUUGCUGCCAGGAGAUCUUUUAAUCCAGUCCCUGAAAAGAAAGUCUGCUUUUUGUUUGUUCCAGAACACUUGUACUUCAGAUUAUCGUGAACUUUGGAACUAUGUCAGGAUAUGUAUUUAGCUACUUAUAACCUUUCUAUUUUUCAAUCUAACUUAUUGCUUUUCUAUUUCAUAGUUAUAAUUUUCCAAAUUUGGCCUUUUUUGUUACUGAUAACUCUUGCAUCUGUUGUAUUCCUUGAAAUGUGUGUUAUUCAUGAAAUUGCAUAACUUAAACUUUCGAAUUAUGAAUGUGAAUUUGUUUUCCAUUUUAUUUUGUUAAUUGUUAAAAUAAUUUGUACAUUUCUCAAACCUUAACCAAAGAGAACAGAGAAAUAAUAAUAAAUGUAGGAAUUAUUUAGUUUUGAAAUGGAGUGAAAACAACCUUUUGGAUCCUGGCUGUUCAAAACUUCAUGCGGAUAAUGUGCUGAAUGUUAAAAUCUUAUGUGUGGCUUGUGAAACUGUGGUCCAACCCUGAAUAAUUUAGAGUGGCUUAGUAGUUUUAUUUAAAAACGUUUGAUUACUGUCAAACAGUUAUAUAUUUAUGCUGCAAAGGUGAAAGAUGGGUUUUCCUACUUUAAGGUUUAAAAACAAUCCCUGAUUGUUUUGUGAUUAAUUCUGUUGAUAAUCCUUCGCCUUGUAAGUAACUUACACACUGCAAGUCACAUGAUCUGCGUGCCUGGACCAGCAUUAACUCCCAGGCCAGAAUUUUUGGUUCACUGGAAGAGGUCCACCAGGAGUUAAAACAGAGGAGUGCAAAGAGUGGACAUGAUGGUAUUAUUAAACCAUUAAAAUAACUUGUGUUUGGCUGAAUGUGUCACAUCCUUCUGCCAAAGCCUAUUCGAGACCGUUGAAGCAUCAGGAAGAAGUCAUGUGUUGCUUUCAUGCCCCCACACAACUGAGUGAAUUGAGAAGAUAAACUAUAUAUUUUAUUACUGGUAAUGUGGUUUGCUUGAGCUUAUAGCAAAGGUGAUGGCAUUUAGGAUGAAACAUCUUCUUUUCUUUUUUUGUAAUGUGACUAUAUAUUAUAGUACAACUGGUUUGCCCUUGCAGUCUUGCUAUCAGUUUUAAAACAUUUAUUUUUGGAUGAAUAUUUACUUUAUGCUGUUGCAAUCGGCAUCAACUAGUGUCAUUUUAAGGGCCAUGUUGAUUUGACCAGACUACAAUAAGUGCCAAUCCUUGUUAAUGCUUUCAGUUAAUAAAAAAUAUUUAAAUUGUCA